CCAUCACGUCCAUGUCCUCCGUCUCGUUCACCGUCAGGCGUCCUUCGCCUGUGUCCCGAGGGGCCUCGUCUGGAACCGAACCUGAAGCCGAUGGCAAUGGUCCUUUCAAGGUUCCUGCCAUUCCGAGGCAUCUCUCGGCGAAUGAUAGAAGACCCAGUCCGCUCUCGCGCAGCAACACGUCCUCCCCGGCGCCGAAGCGCACGUCCAAUAAGAACUCGCGCGCUUUUGAUGAGCGGGAUAGCAGUGACGAGGGUGACGAGGAGCUCGAGGACGAACUUGUAACCGGCUUUGACCAGUUCGGCGUACAGCGGCUCAAGGAGAAGAAACCGCAGGGGCCCCUCGUCAUCCCUGCUCUCCAGAACAAAGACUGGAGGGAGGCUGCGCGUAAACGCCGAGGCCAGUCGUUCGUCCCAGAGAGCGGGAAGGUCGGCACAGGCGCAGAUGGCAGCGUUGGUGGGCUGGGCACUAGGGACUCCAUCAACUCGGGGCCUCAACGCAGUGGCUUGCAACUCAAGGCCAAAAGGGCUCGGCUCCAAGGAACUGAGACGCCUCAGGAGGACGCAAAGACGGAGGAGAAGAUGGAGGAAGAGCUCACAGAUGAGCAAAAGGCCAUCAAGGCGCUCAUCGACUCCGCCGUCAAAGGCGAGGACGCCGGCGGACCCAUCAUCGACACCAUACCAUCAGCCAGCAACCGCUGGCAACCUGUGGCCGUCACCGAGGCCGAGGCGUACAAGCAAGACGUGGAGGAGCUUCCUGACGUAGCCACGCUCGACGCCUACGAUCGCGUGCCCGUUUCCCAAUUCGGCGCAGCCAUGCUACGCGGUAUGGGGUGGAAAGAGGGUCAAGCAGCCUCUCGGACGAAGAAAGGGCCCGUCGAGCCGUGGCUGCCUCAAGCAAGGCCCGCACUGCUUGGCAUCGGUGCAAAGGAACGUGAGGUGCCGGACGACGGGGACCCCAAGAAGAGGCGCUCGAAGAAGCCCGAUAUGAAGUACGUGCCAGUGAUCAAGAAGGAGAGAGAGGGCAGCGACUCUCGCGAGGGCUCGAGACGAGCAUCGCCCUCCGGCCGCGACGGCCGUAACGAGCGCCGUUCGCGAAGGCCCUCAAGGUCGCCCUCGCCGGAUCGUCGCAGGAACAGAGAUUCAGACGAUCGGCGUGACGGCCGGGACAGAGAUCAUUAUCGGCACGAGCGCGAGCGUGACGACCGCCGCAGGGACAGGAAUGACGACAACCGUCGGGACAGAGACUCCGAUCAUCCUCAGCGCAGAGACAAGGAUAAAAACGAAGGCAGGCAGAGGGAUCGGGACGACGGCAGGACUAAAGACCGCCGAGAUGACGACUACAGCCGGAGGCGGGACAGACGUGACUACUGAGGACAUACCGAUGUUGACUAUAGGGCAACUAUAGGGUCAACAGAACUGGGUAAGCUCAGAUGCGUCGCAUGUACUAGAAAUGUAAGGUGACGCUGUCAUAUGUGAUGCUACGGCGAACGUGACGCUGCUUGCAGAUUGCAAUGACCUGUAUGAACGACCGAGCAGCUGCCUUGGCUCCUGAAGGCAUGACCAAUGGUAGCCAAGAAGUAUGGGAGAAACGUCCGACAUCCGAUCGACCAAUUCGACUGUAAGUCCUACCCGAACCGGCGUUGAAUUCAAGCAUUCGGCGAGGCUGGACGGGUUGACCUCGGCGUUCCGCUAGGUUCCGCCCUGACCACGGGCGAAACCCGAGAAGCACUAUGGAGGAUGACAGAAAGCCAUUAUGUUCAGGCCAAUUGCGAGUCCUGGGUAACAGACACGUCAGAGUUCGCAGGCUGAACGCGGGUGGAAGAACAUGGGAGUUGCAACUUGCGUACGGGCCGCAUGGCUUGCCACUCCGAGCAAGACGCUUUCCUGCGUCUUGCCAGAAAAUUCCCGUACGAGCUCCCCGAAUGACGUUGCGAAUGAUAGGCUCUAUUAAUGUCAAAGAUAAUAAGCUAAAGCUAGAUGCCAGCAAGCAUGGAAGCGCGUGAUACACAGGGAUGGCUUCUUGCAUCAGCCCCUGCGUAUUCCAUGAGCUCAGUCUGAAGGAAGAGCGGAAUCCCGCCAGGAAUAUCGGUGGCGGUGGUUCCGUACCACUGUAGCAGCCGCUAUCGUCGGCUUCUGGCUAAACCAC